CCAUGGCGGAAUGUGGUGGAGUUGACAGCAACAGAAGUGGCCAUACGAUGGAUAAAAGCAUCACUCUGCCGCCUGAUGAAAUAUUCCGCAACUUGGAGAAUGCAAAGCGCUUCGCCAUAGACAUAGGUGGAUCUUUGACUAAGCUCGCCUACUAUUCUACUGUCCAGCACAAAGUGGCAAAGUACGAUCUUUUCGACCACACUGCAAAGGAAGCUACCAGUGACAAGCUGUAUGAGAUCUCAGUGCAGGAGGAGGUCACAGCACGCCUGCACUUUAUCAAGUUUGAAAAUGCUUACAUUGAAACGUGUUUGGACUUCAUUAAAGACCACCUGGUCAACACCGAAACCAAAGUUAUCAAGGCCACAGGUGGAGGUGCACACAAGUUCAAAGAACUAAUAGAGAGGAAACUGGGACUCAAAGUGGACAAAGAGGAUGAGAUGACCUGCCUCAUCAAAGGCUGUAAUUUCGUGCUGAAGAACAUCCCCCACGAGGCUUUUGUGUAUGCCAAGCACGCGGACUCAGAGUUUCGCUUUCAAACCACAAAUCCAGACAUCUUCCCUUACCUUCUUAUUAACAUCGGCUCUGGGGUGUCCAUAGUUAAGGUUGAGUCAGAGGACAAGUUUGAAAGAAUUGGAGGAAGUUCAAUAGGUGGGGGGACAUUUUGGGGCCUUGGCGCUUUGCUCACAAAAACAAAGCGAUUUGAUGAGCUGCUGCAGUUGGCCUCCAAAGGGCAGCACACGAGUGUCGACAUGCUCGUGAAAGACAUCUACGGAGGGUCUUAUGGGUGUUUGGGCUUGACCGGGGAUCUCAUCGCCAGCAGUUUUGGGAAGUCUGCGACUGCUGACAAAGAAUUUUCUAAAGAAGACAUGGCCAAGAGCUUAUUACACAUGAUCAGCAACGACAUCGGGCAGCUGGCCUGCCUCUACGCUAAACUCCACCUGUCCCGGGUGUACUUCGGGGGCUUCUUCAUCCGAGGGCACCCGGUCACUAUGCACACCAUCACCUACAGCAUCAACUUCUUCACUAAGGGUGAGGUCCAGGCAUUGUUUCUGAGACAUGAAGGCUACCUGGGAGCGAUUGGAGCUUUUCUUAAAGGAGCAGAAGAAGACAAUCCAAACCAGUACAGUUGGGGUGAGAAUUACGCGGGAAGCUCUGGGCUGAUGAGCGUCUCUCCGGAUAUGAAUCCCAUGCAGCGUGCGCGUAGCGGAACGUUUCCCUUUGACAUGUUGGAGAUGGACCGUCUGGAGAGGCAGCUGGUGAACCUUCCUCUGCUGCUGGACCCCUCCUCGUACAUCCCCGACACUGUGGACCUCACAGAAGAUGCUCCGGCCCGCGAGUACUGGCUCAAGUGCUUCGAAGAAACCCUGGAUGGGGUGGCGAAGCGAGCCGCGGCGAGCCAGCCCGACAUGCCCGAGGCCGCCGCGCAGGCCGAGAAGUUCCGACACAAAUACAGACACAAGCUGCAGACCCUCCGCCACCAGCCAUUUGCUUAUGGAUCGCUCACAGUCAGAAGUCUGUUAGACACGAGGGAACACUGUUUAAACGAGUUCAACUUUCCUGAUCCCUACUCUAAGUUAUGUCUCUGUGUUUCAGAUAAAGAAAAGGAGAAUGACGGCGCUCUCAAGUACUACCAGAAGACGGUGAAGUCCCUGGAGGAGCUGAGCUGGGAGGACAGGCAGUUUGCGCUGGUCACAGGCGUCCUGGCUGGGAACGUCUUUGACUGGGGAGCCAAGGCCGUGUCAGAUGUCCUGGAGUCCGACCCUGAGUUUGGGUUUGAUCAAGCCAAACGGCAGCUGGAAGGUAAGCCCUGGCUCAUUGAUUCGUAUGACCAGUGGUUCCAGAGACUAAAGGGUCCUCCUCACAAGUGUGCCUUGUUUUUCGUAGAUAAUAGCGGACUAGACAUCAUUUUAGGAGUGAUGCCUUUUGUCCGAGAGCUGCUCUCUCGAGGAACGGAGGUGGUUCUGGCCAGCAACUCUGGUCCAGCCCUGAAUGACGUGACCAACGGAGAACUGCAGAUCCUGACGGAAAGAAUCGCCGCUAUGGAUCCUGUCAUCCAAGCCGGCCUGCAUGAGGACAGACUCACGCUGGUUCAGAGCGGAUCCAGUUCUCCCUGCCUGGAUCUGAGCCGCCUGGAUAAAGUCCUGGCCAUGGUGGUCCGCGAGCGCCAGACCGACCUGGUGAUCAUCGAGGAUGGGCGAGCCAUCCACACCAACUACUACGCCAGGCUGAGCUGCGAGAGCCUCAAGAUGGCCGUCAUCAAGAACUCGUGGCUGGCCGACCGGCUGGGGGGGAAGCUCUUCAGCGUGGUCUUCAAGUACGAGGUGCCGCCCGGGAAAGCCAGCGAGGACGCUGCGGCGGCGGCGCGCCCUCCUGAGCGCCACGGGGAAACGGUCAAAGGUGGAAGUGGAACGAGCAGAAUGUGAGACGAGUACUGCCACAGACUGAACGAGUGAUUGUAAUCAUAACUGUUUAAGUGUAAUUGGGUAUCUUUUUUUUUUUUAAACAAAAAUUAAUGGGAAGAUUUAGCAAAAAAAUUUUUUUUGUCAACUUUAAAUUUAACGAAGUUUUAACUUCCGCUUGAUUUUGCUCUCAUGGACGUGUCUUUCUGUCCCGGUUUCUGUCCAGUCAGUCGCCUGUCGGCUCGCUGCCUCUUCGCCUCAGCAGCUGAGGUGUUUGGGCGGCGGGGGGGAGUCAGUAAACUUUAGAAAAACGGCAUCGGGAGCUCGGCUCUCAAUCUGACAGUGAGGGUUAAUCCCGUGACGCUCUGCCGACGCGACUGCUCACACACACACACACACACACGCUGGAACAAGCGAGUUUCUCACUGAUGCAACUUUGCGUUGAGCAGAAAAUGAGCCUCUGCCAGCUGAAAGACUUUUUUUUUUUCCACACACAGUAAAGCAUUUUUAAUGUGCCUUAGGCUAAUGUGAUGUAAACAGUAUUCACUCAGAUUGCUUUUAAUUUCCGUUGGAGGCGAUUGCAUCAACCGGAGAGUCCGCAGAUUUCUAUUACUGCCAGUAAAUGAGCUGAGAUUACGGAGCCUAAUGGAUCCUUUUGUUCCUCGUGGAGCCGUCGGAGGGGAAUCAGGACGGAUGUUUGAUAAUGGGGAGAAGCAGCACUUUAUCACAGCCCAUAUUGACGUUAACGCCAGUUUCCCCACAAGGUGGCGGUGUUCACUGCAUCGUAGAUGAUUCUUAAUUGGUGCUGGUUGUUAGAAUAAACACUACAUUUCAGGUUAAAUAUUCCGGAUAUAGAAUUCACUGAGCCAUUCGGUGAGUUUCAAUGUAAUGAAAUGGCAUGUACACACUGUAAUCCAUCCACCAGUCAAAAAAAAAAAAAUGCAAUCGUUUGAAAUGCAAUAAACGUCGGCACCGAGUCGUAACACUUAGUACCGACUGUAUUAGUAACUUCAUCUUGAAUACCUGAGUUUAAUCAAGGAUCAGAUUAAAAAAAAAAAAAAAGCUUUGAGGAAAAUCCUUCCAAAGUCACAGCCGCUUGACCUG